AUUUUUUUUGAAGUUCUGAAAAUUCAAGUCAUUCCCUUUUGAUUUAACUCUUUAUUCUCACCUGAUCGAGCUAGACUUAUUGGUUAGUAAAGUGCCAGGUUUUCAGCUUACCUUUUUUAUGCUCAGAAUUUGGGAUCUCGGCCGAUCCAUUCGUAUCCGAUCUGUUAUCCGCUCUGAAUGGAUUGGAUAUUCAGGGAUUUUUUCGGGGAUCGGGGCGGAUACGGAUUUUUUUUAAAAAAAAAUCGGGGAUCAAAUCGGAUUUGGAGGUAAGUCUGUCUCUGACCCAAUCCACCCUGAAUCCGUCCCUGAAUCUCUGAAUACCCGAAUAUAUAUGUAUAUAUUACAUUUUAGGGUUUCCUCUGUGCUCUUUCACAAAAAACACCCCACCAGCGCCGACUUCAUCUUCACAGCUUCAAUCAUGUGCUUUCAAUUUCAUCUCCUCCCGCACUUCCCCACUCUAUACGUAUACUUCUACAAAUAUUCUUGACUGUGCCAUAUGAAGCCAAUUCUUGACUGUGUCGAGAUCGAGUGAGUGAGAACACACCCGUAAUCCUCUUUAAAUCCCCCACUCUCUCUAAUUCCCUUCACCAGUACCCAUUCAAAAGCCAUUCAAACUCCUGGCGAAAAACCCUGUCGCCGUCAACAACAUCCUCCGCCACCUCUGCUGCGUGCGCGUCCACCUCCGUUGCGUCCUCCUGCUGUCCCUCCCGACUUCAUCUUCACAAAUUCAUCUUCGGAUUGGAUUUGGGGCUAAAAACAGGUUGGAGGAGGCUGACGAGGCGAUCUCUCUCCUUCUUAUGCAGCUCCCGGAACAAAAGAAGAUCUUCAUCCCUCUCCUUCCGAGCAGGAAUCGGUAAACGAAGUUAGCUCUCCCAAAAGUCCAUGAAUUUCAAGCAAGAUCUGCUUGCUUCAUCAACAUAUAUAUUACUACUACUGGUACUACUUCAUUGGAAACGAUCUCAACUCUCAUUUCAUUUACUCCCACACCUGCUGUACCUUACCCAUUGUUCAAAGCUGCACUACUGCACAUAUUGAUACCAAAGACCAAGAAAGAAAAGAAUUCCAGUCGAGUUAACCGAAGCCAGAUCGAGAGAGAGAACGAUGGCGUCGUCGUCAAUAACAGCAACGACCUCGUCAAACUCGCCGUGCGCGGCGUGCAAGUUCCUGCGGCGAAAAUGCCAGCCGGAGUGCGUGUUCGCGCCCUACUUCCCGCCGGACCAGCCCCAGAAGUUCGCCAACGUCCACAAGGUGUUCGGCGCCAGCAACGUCACGAAGCUCCUCAACGAGCUGCACCCCCACCAGCGGGAGGACGCCGUGAACUCCCUCGCCUACGAGGCCGACAUGCGCCUCCGCGACCCCGUCUAUGGCUGCGUUGGCGUCAUCUCCCUCCUCCAGCACCAGCUCCGCCAGCUCCAGACCGACCUCACCUACGCCAAAUCCGAGCUCUCCAAGUACCAGAACAAUCUAGGCGGCGGCUUCAGCGCUUCUACUCACGGCCUGAUAGCUGCCGCGGCCGCAGCAGCACUGCACCACAACACCAACCAUAGCAGCCACCAGGCCGCUGACAUGCGUCUCAAUUUAAUCGGUGGGAGUAGUACUAGUAGGGAUCAUCUCUACCAUCACCACCAGUUCUUCCCCAGUAGUAAUAGUAACCACCACCAGCAGCAUCUGAUAAGAAAUUUCGAUGCUGGUGGUGGUGGUGGAGGAAACAACAACGUGGUGUACGACGCGAGCAGUAGCUUGUUGGCGAUGAACGCGUCGGCCGGAAGCAUCGGACAGUUCGGCCAGCAGCUUCAUCAGCAACCUAGGGCUGCGGCCGCUGGGGACGAUCAUUGAACUGAUCCUAUUCAUCCUUCUUAGGGUUUUGAACCCUCUUCUAUAGGUAAUCAUUAUCCCACCAUCCCAUUGACCACUUUUUUAUUUAAUUUUAUU